GCAAUCGAUUUUUUCUGUGCAUGCGUCUGGAGCGACUCCUUUUGCAAAGAACGCUGCCCGGAUCCGCCUUUGCAAGCAACUUCCGACGUUCCGUCCCAGUCCUCAAUGCGUAUAAGAGGUGGCCAUGCGGCAGCCUCGCUAACGACUCACCAUGAAGCAUUCGACGCAAACCGCAGAAGAUGCAGUAAUUGCAAUGGCUGCGAAGUACAGCGAAGGACUCCGCGGAUACAUUGACUCGUCGACCUUGCCGAGAUACGUCCCGCCGGCGAUCCAAAGUCCGCUUGCCCUUCCCGUCGCCGUAUUGCUCACAGGUUCGACCGGGAAUCUCGGGACCUACCUCCUCCUCGAACUUUUGGGAGACCCUCGCGUGAACCGGGUAUACACUCUGGACCGGGCUGGAAAGGCUGCAGUAAUUGAGCGGCAACUGGCGUCCUUCGCGGAUAAGGGACUUGAUCCCAUCAUCCUCGCGUCCUCGAAGCUCGUCGUGCUGGAGGGCGACGCGUACGCGGAGAAUUUGGGGCAGACUAAGGAGGUCUACGCUGAUUUACUCGACGAAGUCAGCGUCAUCAUCCACGCUGCUUGGCGCCUCAACUGGAAUGCAGGCCUCGACGCGUUCGAACCUAAUGUUCGUGCUACCCGCGCUCUCGUCGACUUCGCGCGGAUGGCGAGGCACGCCGAUGGCAUCCGCUUCCUCUUCACCUCCUCAAUCGGCUCUGCGCACUCCUGGGAUGCUGCCGCGCGAGGACCGGUACCCGAAGAGCUGAUCGAGGACCCUGCAGUAUGCAUCGGCGGCAACGGAUACGGCCAGAGCAAGUAUGUCGCUGAACGCGUGCUGGCGGCCAGUGGGAUCACCUUCAGCUCGGUGCGCAUCGGACAGGCGAGCGGCGGGAUGCCGCGCGGCGCGUGGGCGACGUCGGCGUGGUUCCCGACCCUUGUGAAGCUGAGUCUGCACUUGGGCGCGCUGCCGAGCGAUGAGCAGCCUGUAGCGUGGCUACCAAUGGAUGUCGUUGCGAAGAUAACGGUCGACUUGGUGUUCAGCAAGAUGCCUCUUCCUCCCUCGCUCGGCAUCGCGCACCCGCGGCCGAUCCCCUGGUCUCAAAUGAUCAACUAUGUUCAGUUAUCGCUAAAGAGAGUGACACACCGCAACCUGCGUAUCAUCUCUUUCCACGAGUGGAUGAUAAGGUUGGAGGCCGCGGCUCUUCAGUCCAGCGUGGACGCGCGAGAUUCGCGCGAUACUAAUUUGUUCUGGUUCUUUCGACAAGUGUGUACCGGGGAGGCGUUCUUGAGGCGCUUCGCAACGGCGAACGCGGAAUCCCUCAGCGAGACGCUACGAAAUACACGCACCCUCAAACAACGCGACGCAGACGCUUGGGUAGACUAUUGGGCGCAGAGGGGCCUCUUCAAGGCAAAAAAUAGUCGGACAAACCUCUGAAUAGUCGUAUGUAGUAGCUGUAGCCCAUACAACAGCGGUAGACCGAGCAUUCAUGUUCGCUUCCACCGACCC